AUGACGAAAACUCCCCAGGAUUUAAGCAUUGCCAUUUUGGGCGCCGGAAUGGGCGGAUUGACCUCCGCCCUGGCUCUGGCGCAGAAAGGCUUCAAGAAUAUCGAUGUCUACGAGAAUGCUAGCGAUCUUGGAUUUGUUGGAGCAGGUAUUCAAUUGGCCCCUAACAUGGCCCGGGUUUUGGACGGACUCGGCGUUUGGAAGGGAAUUGAGGCCGAGGCCGUGAAUAUCGAGGACACAUCAGUGCGAGAUGGUGCAACGGAUACAGAGCAUGCAUACGUUGAUUUAAAAUAUAUUGAAGCAACAUACGGAUAUAAGCACAUGGUUGGCCACCGCGCUUCACUCGCCAAUGGACUCUACGAAGGCUGCAAGAAACAUUCCUCAAUCAAGUUUCACUUCGGUAUCAACGCCGACAAUGUGAAAUCUUUUGGCCCCAAGCCAUCAUUCACUGCCAACCCGCGUGCCGAGGGAGCCGCUCCCUACAAGGUUGAAUGCGAUGUCCUCCUCGCCGCAGACGGUAUUAAGAGCGUGACUCGCGUAGAAAUGCUGAAGCGCCUUGGUGUCGAUGUGGGUGUCAAGGACACCCAGCAGGCAGCAUACCGAAUUAUGAUCCACAAGGAGCAAAUCAAGGACGACCCUGAACUACUUGCGCUCAUCAACAGCAAUCGUGUUACACGAUGGAUCGGCGAAAAGCGUCACAUUAUUGCCUAUGCAGUCUCCAACAACACCAUUUACAACCUCUCCACCACCCAACCCGACACCAACUUCGCUGCCGCCACUAACGCCACCUACACAACGAAGGGUUCCAAGCCCGCCAUGAUGGGCGUCUUCUCCGACUUCUGCCCCAUGGUCCAGCGCAUGCUGAACUACGUCCCCGAAGGCGAGGUGUGCGAGUGGAAGUUGCGCGUCCACGACCCCCUGCCUACGUGGGUGCACGACUCCGUCGCUCUGGUUGGCGAUGCAUGCCACCCGACCCUGCCUCACCUUGCCCAGGGAGCCGCCCAGGCUAUCGAGGAUGGUGCAGUUCUGGGUGUUGUUCUUUCCAAACUCCCCAAUACCUCCCCUGAGUCCAUCAACAAGGCUCUUCGUGUCUACGAGAAAGUCCGAAAGAGCCGCGCUGAGGCGUUGGUGGAAAUGGCCACCGCUUCUGGCCGUGCCUUGCAUCUGGGUGAAGGUGCUGCCAAGGAGGAGCGUGAUAAGCAGUUCGCUGCUCUCCGCGCUGGAAAGGGCCCUGUCCCUGAUAAGUGGGCUGAUGCCGAUGUGCAGCGGGAGAUCUACGGCUUCGACUGUACCAAGGUCGCCGCAGAUAACUUUGAUGAAUAUUUCUCUGAAAUGUAA